CCAUGGUAUACAGCAUGGCUACGGCUUUGUACUCAAGCUGAGUAGACCCACUCAUUCCAACACCAAGACGCGAUACUACUACCACUGCGAUCGAUUUAAAAAGUACCAAUCAACAGCAACAACUUUUAGUAUAAGUACGCGCUCAAUAGGAUGUCCUUUUAGGCUCACUAUCUUCAAAACAAAUGACGACCAAUGGAAGCUAGAGGUUCUAGAAAGGCACCAUAACCAUGCUCCAAUCGCUCAAUCCCACCGCGCAUAACAUCUAUCGUAAGCGUACACAAGGACAAAAAGAUACAACCAAGGCAAUGACACAUGCUGGUGUUAGACCAAUGCAGAUUAUGGCUGCGCUUCAAAAGGAGGAUCCAGAUACACUAGUCUCAGCGACCGACAUCCGCAGUGAGGGAAAGGCAAUCAGAGAGAAGCACCUAAAUGGAAGGAGCCCAAUCGAGACACUACUGGAUGACCUAUCUACAUCAGAUUGGGUCUUUACUCUCAAGAGGGAUUCAGAUAACCAUGUGCAAUGCCUCUUCUUUACGCAUCAGAAGCAGAUUGAGCUCCUACUUGCAAACCCGGAUGUCCUUCUGAUGGAGAAACCCCCUCAGAGGAGGAGAGUCCCCUGCGAAGCUUCGAGUCUACAUCAAGCUCUUCAGAAGAAGAUAUUGACGCACAAAUUGAGGCAUUCCGAGCAGAAAAUGCGAGGCUCGAAAAGGUUAAAGAGUUGAAGCGACUCUAGACCUUGAACCAAGCGCUGCGAAGUAGUGUCGAGUCCGAAAUCCAAAAC